CCUGGUACUUGUGGAUCAGAUUCUCCAUAUCAUUUUGAUUUGAGUGGUAGAGCUUUUGGUGCCAUGGCAAAUUCAGGUCAAGAUGGAAAUCUUCGCAAGGUUGGAAAAAUAGUCGUUCAACAUAGAAGAGUUCCAUGCAUUUACAAUGGUGUCUCAAUAGCCUUCCACGUCGACUCUAAAUCUAACCCAUAUUAUUUUGCUACCGCGGUUGAAUAUGAAAAUGGGGAUGGUGAUCUUAAAAAAGUUGAACUUAUGGAAGCAUUUGGCAACACUUGGGUUACAAUGCAACAAUCAUAUGGUGCUGUUUGGAAAUAUAAUAAACAGUCACUACUAAGAGCGCCAUUUUCUAUUAGGCUAACCACAAUUGAGUCUGGGAAGAUAUUUGUAGCAAAGAAUGUGAUCCCGACGGGUUGGAAGCCUGGUCAGACUUAUAGAGCACUUGGAAAUUUUAUUUAAGUUGUAAAUGUAUGUUAAUUACAUUAAUAAUUGGACUAUCAAAUUAUAGUCUUGUAUCUUAAUCAAAUCAAGUCAUUUAAAGUGGACUUU